CAGCACCUGGAACAUGGAACGCAUGCGGCAUGACGACGGCUGUAAAGUACAAUGCCUCCAAUAUGUAUUUCUGUCUUUGUCUUUACUUGUGGAGGUUUAAAACAUAAUACUGAAUAUAAUACAACACAACAACAGUAUGGACCUGAAAAGUAUGAAAAUCUAUCAUACUGUAGCAGGAUGACGGAGCAAAGAGGAUAAAAAAAUAUAUAAUGUGUUGUAGACGGGAUACACUUGAGCUGAAUUAGAUGCUUGUAUUGGAGAUUGACAAUUCGUGGACUAGAGAGAUGAGGUCAUGAGUUGGGUGUAUUGCCAUCGAACGAAUAGGAGUAUGUGGGAGGAUGCGCGGUUUUUCAUGCGUGGGUGCUGGGUCUUGGGGUUGUUGUUGGUAUAGUACAAGCAGUAAGCACUGGUGUUCAUCAUAACACGUAAAAUAUACGGUGCCGCUUUACUUGCUUGGUUGGGAGCUUUGCUGAUGAUUGAACUCAAGCUAAUUUAAACUUCUUUGCCUCGGUAUAUAGGUCAAUUACUUCAUUAAACAAGACUGCACUCCAUAUAUCUAUGCGUUUUAAUAAUUUAACACGUGAACUAGACUCAAUCUAAUGCGCAAUAUAUAAAAAAAACACAAAUUUAUAUGGAUUAUGAUUUGGGACCAGAUAAAUUACUUAGUGUCUUAUUGUACUGAAUGUAAUUGUUGUAAGAUAAAUUUACGGUGUAAUGUCGGGUAAUUAUAAAUUUUAUAAUAUUUACGAUUUUUAUAUCAUUGAUACUAAGAAUGGGUGGUCAUCACUCAAGAAGUCUACCUACGCCUGGCGAGGAAGUAAACUUCAAUCACUUCCAAGUGCUUCGCGCAAUUGGAAAAGGAAGUUUCGGCAAAGUUUGUAUUGUAGAAAAAGGCGAACGUAGCGGAAAAAUGUAUGCUAUGAAAUACGUACAUAAAAUUGAAUGUGCGAGUAGAGGGGCUUUAAAAAACGUAACAAGAGAAGUUGAGAUAAUGUCAAAAUUAGAGCAUCCAUUUUUAGUCAAUCUUUGGUUUAGUUUUCAAGACGAAGAAGAUUUAUUUAUGGUAACGGAUCUUUUACUUGGCGGUGAUUUGCGGUAUCACAUCCAACAGCAAGUUCAGUUUUCCGAAGAAAGUGUCAUUCUGUUCAUAGCGGAGAUAGCUCUGGCACUGGACUAUUUGAAGAGCAAACGAAUCAUCCACAGGGACAUUAAACCUGAUAAUAUCCUGUUGGAUGAGGAAGGACAUGCGCACGUGACAGACUUCAACGUCGCGACGAUGCUCGAGGACGAUCAGUUGGCGACAUCGAUAUCAGGAACAAAGCCCUACAUAGCUCCAGAAAUCUACAUGUGCUCGUGUGAAGUCCACGGAGUCUUCCAACCAGGUUACGGGUAUUCAGUCGACUGGUGGAGCCUUGGGAUUCUAGCCUGGGAGACACUUGAAGGCGUUCGUCCAUUUCCUAUUCACGCGGGCACCAGCUACAAAGAAGCGCUUCGGAUACUGCAGGAUUGCAAACCAGUUCAACCGACAGAAUGGAGCCAACCAAUGUCAGAAUUACUCAAUAGUCUACUUACACUCGAUCCAAAUCAACGUCUCACCACUCUUUGUCAAUUGAAACAACUUGAAAUAAUGAAUAAUUUAGAUUUUGAUCAGAUAUACCUCAAAAAAUUAAAACCUAAAUUUACACCGUCCAAAAAUCACUUGAAUUGCGACCCCACAUUUGAGUUGGAAGAAAUGAUAAUCGAAGCACGACCACUUCAUAAAAAAAAAAAACGUCUUGCUAAACAAAGAUCGUUACGUAGUCAAGAAUUAGCGGACCAGAUUGAAUCCCCGGCUAUGAUGGCUAAUGGACCAACCUCGAGUAUUUUCACUCAGGAUCCUACGGGUCUUGUUUUUAUCCCGGAUUUUCCGGUUUACAAUAGAGAACGUGAACUGGAACAACGACUAAGAGAAGAGAAAGAAAAACAGUGGGAGGAGGAACUACGCAUUGCCAUGGCUGAGAGUGAAAAGAAACUUCACCUCAGCAGAAUUCCUAGCGAUCGUGAUAAACAGCGAUCACACAAUCAACACUUAAGAAAUAGCAGUCGUUUAAGUAUCUCCUCAUCCAACAUUCACUCACGUUCUGAACGUGCCUCGUUACGCUCGAAUAAAAGAUCCGGCAUCGCAACUUCUUUAGAUAUUGAUUUUAUCGAUUCAGGUCCUGAAACGUCUACCUCUUAACAUUCAAACCAAAAAAAAAAUUGUCAAAUUUUUUAAAUUAUUCAGUCUGAUUUUACAAAUAUUUAUUGAUAUAUAAAUAUAUAUAUAUAUAUAUAUAUAUAGAUAUAUAUACACUAGGGUGCUUCAUUUGAAACUAACAUUUUUUUUUUAGCCGACACAAGAAAAUUUUGUUGUUUAUGUUGAGUGAAAAAUUUCCUGAAAAUUUCAGCUCUUAAUUUUAAUUUUAAAUACUUUCUAUCGAGCAUCAAAGUUUUCCCAUUUAAAAAGCAUGUAAAUCGAAUAACUUUUUUUUUAAAUUACUAUAACUUAGCCCGACUUUAAGCUAUCGUUUUGAAACCAGUUUUUAUUUGUAGAGUAAUUGUUGCUUUUUGAAAGUGUAUGAAACGGUUUUGGUCUAACUCGAUCCAUGUCGAUUGUAUCAGCUCCGAAAGUCAAUUUUUCACUUUUUUCAUUUAUUUUUUGUUAACAGUGAAGAAACGGUUCAUCUUACAAAAAAUAUGCAUAGGACCAAUCUUUUAGAAAAUUUUGUCCUCUACAAAAUUGCUCAUGACACUUAUAUUGCUAAAGUGCACGGUUCAUGAGAUACAUGCAUUUUAACAUUUUACAGUAAAAAAGAUUAGUACUAUAGUAAGCUUACAAUUUUUUGUACUGUAAAAUUGUGUCCGCUAAAAAAAAAAUGUUCGUUUUAAAUGAAGCACCCUAAUAUACACCCUUUUGAUGGAGGAUUAAUCAAUUUUAAUAACCACAAUUAAGAAAUAAUAAAUGCUUUAUUGAAUCGUUAUUUUAAAAAAUAUUUACGUACACGCUCCGAUUUCGUUGAGGCUUUUUUUUUUUAAUUACAAUAGAAUAGAAUCACUCAGUUAUUACUAAUCCAUUUGAUAUUUUGAUAAAGAAAAAUGUAACAAUAACGCGGAUCCAAUUAUUAUUUUUUUUUUUUUUCAAUAGUCGCAAGUUUAUUAUUUAUAAACAAAAAAAAAAGUUAAACAUUUUUUAAAUUUAUAAUAUCACAAAAAAUUGCUGGCCAAGUAUAUUAAUGCAGCCGAUAUAUUUAAUAUAUUUUUUUCGUUCAUGACAAUUAAAGAUCACAAUUUAAUCACAAAUAAUAUUAUUAAUUAAUAUAUUUAGAUAAAUAUAUAGUUUUAAUCUCACAAACUGAGUUAAAGAGCAAUGUAAAAAUAUAUAUAUUAUAUAAAAAGUAUAAAAAAAAAAAAUAUAUAUAUAUAUAUAUAUAUAUAUAUAUAUUUUUUUUCCAAAUGAAAUAUUAAAAUUUUUUUACUACCGAUUGAUAUAAAUUUGUUGAUAAAAGUCUGACGAUCAUUAGUGUCUUUGAGCGUGAGUUUCACCCACCAUAAUUGUUUGUAAGAAAAUAUUACUCUAAUAAUAUAAUAGUUAGAUUAUUAUGAUAAUUAACUACAGUUACUUAUCACAAACACCGACAAACAAUUUCUUCUUGAAAGAUUAAAUUCAUUUCAUCGUCAUAUAUAGUUAAUAUAUAUAAAUAUAUAUAUUAGGGUGGCCCAAAAAAACCGACUAUUUUUUUUUUCGAGUCUCUUAUAAAAAUUUGUUGGUUUAAGAUGUUUUAAGAGGCCUCUCCAAAAAUCAGCUCGAUAAAAAAUUUUCAAGAGGUCGCUCGCGAAUUUUGAAAAUAUAAAAAAUUAUUGGAAUUAGGGUUUUUUGUUUAUAAAUUUUUUUCUUCCUCGUGGCAGCAAUAUUUUAUAUCUUUAAAAUGUGACUAU